AUGCCCAAUGCCCCAGGUGCUAUCGCAAAUCCAUUCGAAGAACCGGAGCGCCGAAUCAGCGAAUAUACCGCGCAGGAAAUUGCCACACUGCAAGCUCGUCUCGAUAGGAAAUUGGGACCCGAAUACAUCUCCUCUCGACCUGGUGCCGCAGGGCAGAAAGUACACUAUCUCUCCGCGGAUAAAUGCAUCAACCUUGCAAACGAAGUAUUUGGGUUCAAUGGCUGGUCCAGUUCGAUCCAAAAAAUUGAUAUCGACUUUAUCGAGGAAAACCAAAACACGGGCAAGAUUAGCUUGGGAUUGUCUGUUAUUGUGAGAGUUACACUGCGUGAUGGGGCAUUUCACGAGGACAUUGGCUAUGGUCAUAUUGAGAACUGCAAGGGGAAAGCCGCAGCGUUCGAGAAAUCUAAGAAAGAGGGGACAACGGAUGCCUUGAAGCGUACUUUGCGGAAUUUUGGAAAUGUGCUGGGCAACUGCGUCUACGACAAAGACUACCUGACCAAAGUCACCAAGGUUAAAGCAGGGCCUGGCAAAUGGGAUGUCGAAGAGCUUCACCGUCACCCUGACUUUGUUCCGAGAAAGCUCCCUCCACCCAAACGAAUGGCAGAAGAUGAUGACCUCCCUCCGCCGCGUCCAGUUGAACAAGCUAAGAGCAAUGUUCCUGAGAUCAAACCCGCCUUUGAUGGCGACGGAGAGUUCGGCAGCGAUCUCUUCGAUGAAGCCGACUUCGUAGUAGGAGAUUCAGGAAACCCGGACGAGAUAUCAUUAGAGCCAGAAACGUCACGGCAACCACCUACCCCAAUGAACCGGCCUAUUCCCCCGAGGGGACCUCCUGGAGGUCGAUUUGACACUAAUGCGGUGACGCCUUCAAAGCCAGAACGCUGGAACGGGCCGAAUGCUGCCGUCAGACAGUCUUUACCCCCGAAUACACGUCCAACCCCAUCGGCCAUGCCUGGACCGCAACAACCGAUGGCUGCGCCUGGCGUGCCCCAGAACAAUCCCAAUAUUAGACCAGCUGUGGCACCUCAAUUGCAACCUGUCCCAAACUCCAACGCUCAAAACUCCAAUGGACCGCAACAGGUUAAGAGAGAACCUCUUCAAGCCCCCAACCAAGACGCAAACCAGCCUCCAGGCUCCCAAUCAGUCGGUUUCUUCUCCGCUCGAGCAGCCGACAUGCUCCGUGACAACCCCAAUGGCGGCCAAAUACAGGGAAGCCAAUUUGAUCCACACGCAGAGAGUCCAUCUAUCCGCAAAACUGCCGGUGUCGAUCACACCAAGAGCGUCCCGAUCACCAGACCAAUGCUCACCGGUAGCUCAGGCUCACCUGCACCGAAUAACUCGCGCGAUUUUGUGAACCCGGCGACCGACCUGCAACGACGAGUCGGUGCUCCCGGUGCCGGUGCCGGUGCCGCUGCCAGCCCUCUUUCGCGAGGCCCAUCCGUCUCAUCUUAUCGUCCCUUGACUCGUCCCAACGUGCAAAGUCCCGGACCCACCAAUCGAGGAGGCAGUGUCCCCCCGCCAAAUUUGAACGGAAAACGCCCUCCUUUGAACGAUGUCACGAAUGCCACCACUUCACCUGGCGUAAACUCCGCCCCUCCUGGUCCCAACGACCCCAAGCGACCUCGCAUGUCUGAUGGUCCUCCUGGACAGGGACCGCCACAGGCAAAAUAA